CUAAUGUUUUCCUAUGUGUCCAUGUACACUAUGUCAUUUACAGGCAGUUGAGUUUACAGUUGUUUUUUUUGAACGCACCAAAAUUGUGUUCAGGAGUAGAUUUUAUCAGCGUUUCAAACGCCAAAUGCUUGUAAACACAGCUAACCACGUUUAUAAACAUUUGCGUUUGCAAAUUUUUUUUUAACUGUUCCAUUUCCAGGUGCUGUCCAGAGCCUUUUUUCAUCAUGAAAAAUGCAUGCAAAGUGUUUUCCCGGUAAUCAAAUGGACCUGGUACACCAUACUUAGAGGUUUCACAUGAAAGAAAAUAUGUUAGACA